UGCCAAUUCUUCGAGGAGUAGUCGUGGUUUAAACCAAAUCACCGCCCCAUCCCUGUCCACUUUUAAGAGACAGUAAAGUGCCAACGCGUAUCCUUCCACAAAUCUGAGGAAACACCGCUGUUGCCUGUUCCACUGAUACAUUGGGAAGAUGCAGUCACUGCUAUUGCUGGCAACCCUGACUGUGAUGGUCGGGGUCACACUGACCGUCCCUGCGCAGGAAAAACGAGUGCAUCAUCAGCGUGACCUUAGUGACCAUGCCCACGACGAUUCCGACGGAUACCAAUAUGAUCACGAGGCCUUCCUAGGCAAAGAGGAAUCCAAAACAUUUGACCAGCUGAGCCCAGAGGAAAGCAAAGUCCGAUUGGGAAAAAUUGUGGAACGCAUUGACACAGACAAGGAUGGGCUGGUCAGCCAUUCAGAGCUGCACUACUGGAUCAAACACAGACAGAGGAAGUACAUCGAGGAGAACGUGGACAAACACUGGAAGGAGUAUGACCAGAAUAAGGAUGGGAAGAUUGCAUGGGAGGAGUACAAGAACACCACCUAUGGAUAUUAUCUCAAUGAUGAGUUUGAAGACGUUGCUGACAAAGCCAGCUACAAGACCAUGCUGAAGCGCGACGAGAGGCGAUUCAGAGCCGCCGACCGCGAUGGGGAUCUCAUUGCUACCAGAGAGGAGUUCACCGCCUUCAUCCACCCCGAGGACUAUGACCACAUGAAGGACGUCAUCGUCCAGGAAACUCUAGAAGACAUUGACACGAAUGGCGAUGGCAAGAUCAACAUGCACGAGUACAUUGGUGACAUGUACACCCCGGAGACUGGGGAGAGUGAACCUGACUGGGUCCAGACAGAGAAGAAACACUUCAUAGAGUUCAGGGACACAAAUAAGGAUGGUUUGCUGGAUGCCGUUGAGGUGGCUAACUGGAUCCUGCCUGGAGAGGUGGACCAUGCAGAUAAUGAAGCAAAACAUCUAAUCCACGAGACGGACACAAAUAAGGAUGAGAAAAUCUCCAAGAAAGAAAUUUUAGCCAACUGGAACAUGUUUGUGGGGAGCCAGGCAACCAAUUACGGUGAAGACCUCACCAAGAGACAUGACGAGCUCUGAUCACAUCACCCAGCGUUGGGAAUUGGGGUGGAUUGGGAUAGCGGGUGGGGGGUAGGUUGUUUAAAAAGUUGUAGGGAUUAGAAAAGGUACAAUAUUCAAGGAGUUGACU